CAAAUAUCCUCGUAUUUCAAUUACGUGAAAUUACAAGGUUUUUUGUUUACAAUGUAACAAAUGAGAAAAUUUGUUCUUCAUUUCUAAUUUAAAAAACUGGAUUCAGUAAUUUACUGGUGGUUAUUUGGUGAGAUAGUAUGGAACAGACAUGGACAUUAGAACGUACAUGGAGUGGCGCAGAUUUAUCAGGUGGAUGGUCUUCAGCAGUUUCAGAAUAUGGAUAUUCUUGUACGAUACAGUGCACAAAGAAGAAAUUACAUGAUGAAUGGAUAUUAAGUGUAAAUCCGGAAGAACAUUGCUCAUAUUCGUUACUUGUUGAUGUAGUGCUGUCCGUUGGUGCUUUUCAUUUCAAGGUCUAUAGGGAUUUGUGGGAUGCAUCGAGUAUUAUACUGCAAGAGGAAACACGAAGUGGAUCGAGAGUUGACGUAACAUUAAGGUUACGGGUCAUCGAAACACUGUCACCGCAGGAUCUUAGUGGACAGACACCAUAUAGAGACUUUCAAAUAAGUUGUAAAGGACGUUCAUGGUUUGUUGAUGUCACAUAUUUGGCAUCCAUUGGUGGAAAAUUGUUCGCCGAGUGGAAUGAACAACGAUCGAAAGGUAUAAAAAAGUGCUGGGUAGAUGGUAUUUCGACCUAUGAGUUGGAAUGUCUCAUUGAUGCGACGGCGAAGUAUCGACAAAUUGUCGUGACAAGAAUGAAUUAUGAUGUUUUGGUAAGCGUUUCAUUUCGAUAUAACAUUGGAUCAGUAUUGCGGGCAGUGGAAUCAUUUCUUAUGGAUGCCGAAUGGAUUCAUCCAAUUCGACGACUUGAAUACGCUGUUUGUUAUAAAUUAGCUAGACUGGGCGAUACUAUCAGCAGAAAAUUAGUGUCAUCUAAUACAGCCAUUGAGAGAUUGCACGAAUAUUUGGCUGAAAAUGGUGAAACCUUGGUUCAGAUGCAUCCGGAUGUACUGAUCUCUUUGAAUAUUCAUCCGGACCACGUACUUUCAUAGCUGUUCCUCGUACAGAUUGAAUCAUGCGACGUUUAUUUCAGCUUCUUUGAAUUUUUUCUUGUUUGGAAUUUUCAGUCUGUUCAAACUUUAUUUCCAUCCUUUAAUCCGCAAGUUUUGUUUUUCCCCAUGUGUCCCUUAGCUGUUUUUUUCCCAAUUGAUAUUUUACUUUUUUUUGCAUUUGAAAUGAUCUCAG